GAGCAAUGCAACAGCAGAGCCCCGCGUCGCUCCCGCGCCGGCAAUUAUUCUCCACGGGCUGCAUCUCUCCUCAUUAAUGCCUUGCGCUCGGCGAGCAAAUUGGACAUCCUCUUGCCACCUCGAAGGGUCAUUUAGCAAAAGGCAGGCUGGAGGGGAGAGCUGCUGGAUUCAUUUGGAGCUGGAUCCGGAGCUGGAUUUCAGAGCCAGGCGAUUUGAAGCGAACGCUUGAGCCGCGGGGCAGGAAUGGCACGUUUUUCCACGGCAGGUUUCCGUCGUACACGCACCACGGUGGGUGCGUGUCCCCUCUGAAAGGCUCUCCCAUAAAGCACAUCUGGCUGAGUGUGCCAGGGGACACGGGAUGCUUUGUGGCACUGCGGUGCCUGGGCUGGCCCUGGCAGCAGCUCACUGGCCAAACGGCAACUGGCACAACUAGGGUGACUGAGCAACCCACUGCCUUUUUUCCUCCUGCGCUGUCGCCAGGAUCAGGAAGAUUUGCCUUCACUGUAAGUGCUCCCAGGAAGAGCAUAUUGUAACAGUUAUGCCUCUGGAGAUGGAGAAGACCGUCACGAAGCUCAUGUUUGACUUCCAGAGGAACUCAACUUCUGAUGACGACUCGGGCUGUGCUUUGGAAGAAUAUGCGUGGGUUCCCCCCGGCCUGAAGCCUGAGCAGGUGCACCAGUACUACAGCUGCCUGCCCGAGGACAAAGUUCCCUAUGUCAACAGCCCGGGAGAGAAAUCUCGCAUCAAGCAGCUUUUGCACCAGCUGCCGCCGCAUGACAAUGAGGUCCGCUAUUGCAAUUCAUUGGAUGAGGAGGAGAAGAGGGAGCUCAAACUCUUCAGCAACCAAAGGAAGAGGGAAAAUUUAGGGAGAGGCAAUGUCCGGCCAUUCCCUGUGACCAUGACAGGGGCCAUCUGCGAGCAGUGCGGCGGCCAGAUCAACGGAGGGGACAUGGCUGUCUUCGCCUCGCGAGCAGGGCACGGUGUGUGCUGGCACCCUCCCUGCUUCAUCUGCAGCGUCUGCAACGAGCUGCUGGUCGACCUGAUCUACUUCUACCAAGACGGGAAGAUCUACUGCGGCAGACACCAUGCUGAAUGCCUCAAGCCCCGCUGUGCGGCAUGUGACGAGAUCAUUUUUGCUGAUGAAUGCACCGAGGCUGAAGGGCGGCACUGGCACAUGAAGCACUUCUGCUGCUUUGAAUGCGAGACGGUGCUGGGGGGGCAGAGGUACAUCAUGAAGGAUGGCAGACCCUACUGCUGCAGCUGCUUUGAGUCCCUCUACGCCGAGUACUGCGACACCUGUGCCCAGCACAUCGGUAUCGACCAGGGCCAGAUGACAUACGAUGGCCAGCACUGGCACGCCACCGAGACCUGCUUCUGCUGCGCCCAGUGCAAGAAAUCCCUGCUGGGACGGCCCUUCCUGCCCAAGCAGGGGCAGAUCUUCUGUUCCAGGGCCUGCAGCGUCGGCGAUGACCCCAACGGCUCAGACUCCUCCGACUCGGCCUUCCAGAGCGCGCGAGCCAAGGAGUCCCGGCGCAGCGCCAAGAUUGGCAAGAACAAGGGCAAAGGCGAGGAGGGGGCACGCAGCCCCUGCAACCAGCUGCAGGUCACCUCCAACCGCCUCUCCACCGAUGUGGACCCGUUGUCCCUGCAGAUGGAUUUGCUGAGCCUGGCCAGCCAGACGCCCAGCCUCAACAGGGAGCACUUGUGGAGGAGCCGGGAUGAGCUCUAUCACUACGGGAACAAAAUGGAGCAAAGUCAGUCCCAGAGCCCUUUGCAGCUUCUCAGCCAGUGCAACAUAAGGACCUCCUAUAACCCCAGCCAGGUCCCGGGCUCGCAGCCAGAUUUAUGGGCAAAACAUUUCAGCAACCAGAAGAGGAGCUCCUCGCUGGCGAUGAAGAGCCACGGCGGCAGCUUCAUCCAGGACUGCAGGGAAGAUUACUACUCGGGGAGGCUCCGCUCACAGGAGAGCUACAGCGACAUGUCCAACCAGAGCUUCCCUGAGACCAGAGGGAGCCUCAAGGUCCCCAAGUACGAGGAGGAAGAGCAAGGCGGGAUGCCGACGCCGCAGUGCCGCACCCGCCACCCCAUCAACGCCCUCAAGUUCCCAGAGGACCUGACGCCCACCGAGCAGACGCCCCGCGGCUCCAUGGAGUCCCUCGCGCUCUCCAACGCAACAGGCCUCUCUGCAGACGGUGGGGCCAAGCGCCAGGAGCACCUCUCCAGAUUCUCGAUGCCUGACCUGAGCAAAGACUCGGGCAUGAACGUCUCGGAGAAGAUGAGCAACAUGGGGACCCUGAACUCGUCCAUGCAGUUCCGAAGCGCCGAGUCUGUGCGCAGCCUGCUCUCGGUGCAGCAGUAUCCGGACCUGGAGCCCAACCUGCACGCCCUCGCCAGCCCCCUGGGCUACCGCGAGCGGCCGGCGCACGGCCGCCUGCACCAGAGCUUCGACUACGGGAGCGCGGUGGCCGGGGGCCAGCUGGGCUCGCAGGAGAGCUCCCGGCACCCGCCCCUGAGCGAGCGCCCGCGCCGGCGGCCAAGUGCGCGGGACGAGGAGCGGCACUACCGCCCGCACCGCCCGCGCCGCUCCCGCCGCUCCCGCUCCGACAACGCGCUGCACCUGGCCAGCGAGCAGUGCUGCCGCCUCAAGGAGAGGCCCUCGCUGCGCGCCAGGGACGACUACGACCAGUUCGUGCACCAGAGGAGCUGCAGAGAGGCGCUGGAGCAGGGGCCCCGCAGGGACGUCUACGGCCACUGUCCCCGGACGGUGUCGGACCUCGCCUUGCAGAACCACUUGGGCGAGAGGUGGGGGCCCUACUUCGCCGAGUACGACUGGUGCUCCACAUGCUCCUCGUCCUCCGAGUCCGACAACGAAGGCUAUUUCCUCGGGGAGCCCAUCCCCCAACCCGCCCGCCUCCGGUACGUGACGAGCGAGGAGCUCCUGCACAAGUACGGCUCGUACAGCAUGCCCAAGUCUUCCACCCUGGGGGGCAGGGGACAGUUGCACAGCCGCAAAAGACAGAAGAGCAAAAACUGUAUCAUAUCCUAACGGCAUCCUUGCCGGGCACCUUGGGAGAAUGUCAAUGGACUCACCAACUUGCACUGGUUUAGACCAUGGAAGCGCUUUCCUUGUAACAAAAGGAGCCCCGAAGUGUAGGGAUUUCUAAGAAGGUUGAAGGCCAGCUUCUGGAAAUAGUCGUAAUCCUGGGCACGGUGACGAUAUUUUGCACAUCUUACUUUGGAGAGAAAAACAAACAAGCAAGCAAACUAAACAAGUUCCCUUUAGCUCGUAAUCUUUACCCAGUAGUCCCCUCUCGCUCCCAAACACUGCUGCCCUCUCCAGUUCCCGUCCAUCCGUCCAUUUCGCUUUGCCACUGCUGGCUCUCAGCAUCGCCUCGCCGGCAGCUUUCAGCAUCCCGCCGCGUUUUGGGUUGGCCGUUAGCCACGCUGGGAGCUCGUUUGCGUGGCGGCCAGCGUGGGAGCGUAAGUUAUUUCCAUGAUCGUUGUAAAUGCCAUGUAAAUGAGAGUUUGGAGAAAAAUAUUUUUGUAUUUUGUAAUAUCAGAGGAAUUUCUAUACCUUAGGAGUCACUGGGCAAACGCAUGCACAUCCAGAGUUGUUUUCAGCCAGAGUUAACCAACCAAUACUUUGGAACCCCCUCCCUUUUCCAUUGCAUCAUCGGAUUUCUUAAGUAUAUCGGUAAGAGUCUGAGCUGACAGUUGUUUUGAGGUGGGCUUUCUCUUUUUUUUAAGCCCUUUUUUUUGUUCCUGUUUGGUUUUGUCCUGGUAAAUAAAAGAGAACAUUUUCAGAUCCAUUAAACCUCGAAGAGGCCUGGGCAGCGUUUGGAGGUCUGCUCAGGCCUGUGGUUCGCAGGCAUGCUCAGUCAGUCAGACACAGGAAUCCUGACAGCUGCAAAAGGGACUUUUUUUAAUCAUUAUUAUUGUUAUAACAGGAAAAAAAAACCCACCACACCAGAACUACCAAAUUGUCUGCGACGUUGUAAGUGACCAAAGUCAGAGAAGGAAUUUUACAGCUCUGUAGAGAAUGCUGAAGCUACUAAACGCUGAACUAUUAUUUGGAGUAAAUAAAAGUGUAAAUGGUGCAAUUGUGUGAUGUCAGCAUGACGUUGUUUUGAAUAUAGACUUGUCUUAUGGUGCUCUAGUCUCCUGGGUUAUGUUAACUGCUGUUCAUUACCAAGUGGAAGUCUCAAUAUUGCCUACUGCCUAACACGUAAGACAGCGACUGCAAACUGCUCCCCUGGCAUGGUGCCCUUGCCCCUCGGGGGCUGCUUGUGGUUGCUCAGGUGGGCUCAGGCCUGCCUGCAGAGCAGCCUCGCCUUGGCAAGGGUGUCCUCUAUAACCAGGGCUCAGCUGUAUUGUGUUCUGGUGGAUGUUUGUUCUCUGUGUGCUUAAAAACCAUUGAGGUACUGCUGUCCCAACCAAUGCUGGCUGUCCCAUGCCAGCGCUUCCUUGGGAAGGAGCAGGUAUACAACAGGGGCUCUUGACACCCAAAGGUGCAGGUUGGCACCUGAGGGCCUUCAGAUGGAGCUGAGCUUUGAGCUAAAGGAGGGCAGAGAGGCUUCCCAGGCCGUGUUGCCCUCGCCCCACACGCUGCCAGCACCUCGGGGUGGCCCCAGUGCCUCCUCAAAGCAGCAGCCGCAGACAAAUCUUGAAGGUGGAUGUCUCCAUACCACAGACUAUUGCUAGGAAUCUUUUUUCUGUUGUUUGUAAAGGACAAUGUGAUAAUUAUUAUUCCUUUAAAAAGAAAAAUGAGGAAAAAAAAAAGCAGAAAUGACACUUAGGUAUAUUUAAAAGAAAUGUUUUUC